CUACAAGUAAAACAAUAACAAAUAAGAAAAGAAAAUUAUAUGCAAUUGAUAAUAUUUCCAUUUGUCAUUGCAAUAAUAAGUACAACAUCAGUUAAUGGUAUCCUUAACAACAAAACAUAUAUAAAUUCUCCUUUUAGAAUGAAGAACAACUCAAGCGUAGAUCCAGCAGACUCUGAUACAACUCAAAGACGUGGUCCACAGAAUACUGCAACGAAAACCCAUAAUUCGAUCAGACGCAUGAUUAAUGUACAAACUACUAAGUUUUAACAGCUAAAAUCUAUCACUAAAUUUUCAAAAUGCACUAACCAUGAGCAUGCUACCUAUAAAAAAUCUUUCAUUAUUGAAUUCGUAAAUUAGUAAUGCUAUGAACUCCAAAGAUCGAAACUAGGGUUUGCGCAUAUAAUUCAAAGCAGGGCAUACCACUAUCUCCACCCCCACCCCGGUUUACACAAUUACACCAGCCCUACAUGAUUAGGCUUAAUUUUCCUAAAAAACCCACCAAGAUUUGGAGACAUGAUUAGUUCGGGAGAACCAUCGCUUGAUGUUACCACCCGAAAUUUUUGUUCACUAAAAUUCCACGAAGACAGUAAGAAUGCAAAAAUUUAAACAAAAAUCGAAUAGGUGAAGGAGUAUGCUACAAGCCUGACCUCGCCGCCUUGAAGAGUGUGUCGUCAGCUGUGCCUUCGGAUGCCGGAAAAGAUCGAGAGGAAAAAUCAGCAAAUACAUACUAUAUAUACUCGACUAGAACUCCUCCACAAAAUUAGCACUUUUUUUUAUAUAUUUAUCAGAAAUAAUGUGUACAGAAGAUGAGUUACCAGUCAACUACAUCCAUAAUUUAAGCACUGAUCAAGGGGAUUCAAAAUCGAAUCAAAUAUCCUCAAAACAGACUAUCAAAAAUCAACGUGACUCAAAUGAAGAUCAGAUCAAAAUAUUUAAAAGUUGCAGUUUAUUCCAAUAUUAUCUUAUAAAUCAUGCAAUUGAAUUUCAGAUCAAAUCAAAAUGAUUACGUCUUAACAUAACCUUUUUACAGUGACUUCCCUAAAUUACGAUCACUCGAUCCACUUGAUUGAAAUAACACCUCCUCCAUGCAUAUAUAACCUGUCCAGCGUCCAAGUAUAUUUAAACAAAGUGGCAAUCCAAAUCAAGAAGAUAUACUUACCAUCCAGUGAGAAAAAAGAUGAUUGACCAAACGAUUUGUAGACAUGUAUAUAGUGUAUAUAGUUUUACCAAAUAGAAGGGUUAGUUUGUACAUACUUAAAGCAGUGUGGUAGUUAUGUAAAUAUUACAGGGCAUACUUGUACAUUUACAACAUAUUAGGUCGGUUGUAAUUAGUAUAUAAGCUAAUCAUUGUACAUCAUAAUUAUUAUUAUCAUUUAAUCAUUAAUACAAAAUAUUUAGACCAAGAUUAUACGCAUUAAUGGCUUCCACUCUAACCCUAAUUUCCAUAUCCUUUUCUUCUUGAUGAUAUCAUAGAAGGUCCCUCCUGCCUGAUUACUCAUCGCCACCGUAUAAUUCAUCAGAUUUCGAUCAAAACCGUACCAGUUUCUUGAAGUUUUGAGUUUUCUUUCUUUUCGAUGGAAAAUCGCGAUAAUGAAGAAGUUAAUCGUGAUCGGAGAAAUGUCCGGCGGAACAAUUUCGGUGAUGGUCACAGAAACGAAGAUUACGGACGAGAUCGCAGAGACGAAGUUGUUUCCCUAUUACUCAAAAACUGAACAUCCCCACAUCCCUAAGUCCUUAUUUACUCUCCUCUCUCCAUCAUCAAAUCAUGAACUUCGUCUUCCUCAGUAUUCUUCCUCAGAAAUCCUCUGUUUUAUCCCGGUGUGGCACCUCACUCACAUAUGUUUGAAAGUCAACAGUUUUUCCAUUCUUGUGCAAGAUCCAUGGCACCCAGAGUGACAAAAACUACAAGGAGACGAACUCUGCAAAUUCAGGGAAUCGGUUUCCCUUGGAUUCAGUCGGUGUUACCAUUACUACCAAUCCCAAAUUCAGAUGAGAAUGAGGAGGACAAGGAAGAGAUCCAGAGACGCUUGCAAGAACCCAAAGUUUGGAACUUCUUCCUGACAAGUUUCGCUUGGGACUUUUACAAGGAGAAUAGGAAAAGGGUUGCCAUUGUGGAGCGAUGCCUUAUCAACAAUGGCAAUCCAUCCACUUAUGUUGAAGACAAGGGCUGGGUUGGGCUCUGUAACCCUAUGGUGCGCCCGCAUCUCUUGCUGAUCAAGGAGUCCUAUGCAAAUUUUACCAGAGUACAGGGUGAAAGACGCUACAUCUUUGUUUGUGGUUUUAUGGUGGAGGUCAGCGAAGAGGCAAUUAGAUCAGUGUUAGGAUUGUCUGAAGUAGAUAACGACUGGCAACGUGAUGUUGCCAGUCUGCCAAUGAAGGUGGACAUCUGGGAUUUUAUCAAGAGGGUUUUCUGCAACAACUAUAAGGAUUUUGAUUGCACCCUAGAUAAAAAUGGCGAUCCAAAACACUUCCCUGCAAAUUAUUUCAAGGAUUAGUACAGAGGCUGGUUCAAUCUUGUGUGUACAAACAUCAAACCAACCAAGUCUCGUCAAUUUGUCACUUUUGAUAGAGCUCUGCUAGUCUAUGCAAUUGUCAAG